UUGGGCAGAAGUUUGAUGUUGAGUCAACCAAUAGGAAACUUUUACCGAAAGAAAAAUAAAAUCAAAUAGGAUCUGAAGUUCUCCAAAUCGGCCAUUUUCGAGUUACAAAGUAAGGCCGCUUCAACUUUGACUUCGACGAUCUAGGGUUCUUUUUUUCCUUAGAUUACAUUGGAAAUACCAAUUUGAAUCUCGGAGUCAUUGCAUCAAAAACCCACUUUCUUAUUUUCGCCGAUUUUAACGUAAGUUAUUCUCGUUUUUGCUACAGAAAUGUCGUUUAAUUUUUAAAUUGUAAAUAACAUUUGUGGUAAUGGAUAGCAAUUAUUCGGCUGUUUCAAAGGAUUCUUUUGUUGAAUUACAAGUUAAAGAUGAUAACUUUAGGGAUAACGAGCAUUUGAAACCAAAUUCUGGUGAUGAUUUUGAAGCCGAUGAUAUAGAUUUGGAUAAUUUACCUCUUAUUUUUGGUGAAAAUAAAUCUGGGUCUGGGGUAUAUGGGGCAGUCUUUAAUCUCACUACCACUAUUAUUGGUGCGGGGAUUAUGGCUUUGCCUGCUACAAUGAAAGUUUUGGGUUUGGUUGUUGGGGUUGUUUUGAUAUUCUUGAUGGGUGUUUUGUCUGAGAUUAGUGUUGAAUUGCUUGUUCGGUUCUCGGUUCAAUGCAAGGCUUCGUCGUAUGGGGAGGUUGUUCAGGUUGCAUUGGGUAAAACAGCUAAGAUCUUGUCUGAGAUUUGCAUCAUUGUGAACAAUGCUGGUGUUUUGGUUGUAUACUUGAUUAUUAUUGGGGAUGUUUUGUCGGGAUCGAUUCGUCAUACUGGGGUUUUUGAUCAAUGGUUAGGUCAUGGAAUGUGGGAUCAUAGGAAGGUAGUUGUUUUGAUCAUAUUAGUGAUUUUUCUCGCACCCCUUUGUGCAAUGGACAAGAUCGAUUCAUUGAGUAUGUCUUCAGCUGCUUCUGUAGCUCUUGCUGUUGUCUUUGUUGUAGUUGCUUUCACUAUAGCAUUUAUUAAGCUUGUCGAGGGGAAAAUUGAAGCACCAAGGAUGACACCAGAUUUCGGGUCUACGAAGGCAAUCCUAGACCUGCUUGUGGUGAUCCCCAUAAUGUCUAAUGCAUAUGUUUGUCACUUCAAUGUUCAGCCCAUUUAUAAUGAGCUUGAAGGCCGAUCACCUCAGAAGAUGAACCGUGUGAGCCGAAUUACUUCUGCUAUUUGUGUGUUGGUGUAUGCUUCUACUGCAGUAGCUGGCUAUUUACUUUUUGGAAAAGAUACUGAAUCUGAUAUACUCACCAAUUUUGACAAGGACCUUGGAAUUCGAUUCAGCACAGCAUUGAAUUACAUUGUUCGUGUUGGCUAUGUUUUCCAUCUGGUUCUUGUUUUCCCUGUUAUCCAUUUCUCCCUGAGGCAGACCGUGGAUGCUUUGUUAUUUGAAGGAUCUGCACCACUCACCGAAAGUAGGAAGAGGUGUCUGGCUUUGACUGCCGUUCUCCUGGCACUCUUAUAUUUUGGGUCGACUAUGAUUCCUAACAUCUGGACUGCUUUCAAAUUUACAGGGGCCACAACUGCAGUCUCUUUAGGCUAUACGUUUCCAUCUCUCAUUGCUCUAAGGCUGAGCAAAGAAGGAAGCGGAUUGAGUAUGAGAGAGAAGAUUUUGUCUUGGUUCAUGUUGAUAUUGGCCAUUGUAGUUAGCAUUGUUGGAGUGGGUGGCAAUAUUUAUAGUAUCAGUAGCCAGAGUGAUUGAGGUUUGUUCUUCUUCAUACAGUGGAAAGGCCUGUUGUAUUACAGAUCCAAGUGAGGAUAAGCUACUCCAAGUCAAACUGUCAGGUUCUAGAUGGAAAGUCGUGUGAUAUAGUUCCACUCAAAAGUCAUUCAAGCUUUACCAGUCCAUGUAGAAUAGCAAGAGAUUGCCAUAGCUGUUGCAGAUUGAUAGAAUGGUGAUCGCGGGUUCAUAGAGAAAUGUUAGUUAUUGAGAGUUAUGUGGAUUGCGGCAGCUGGUAAAGUCUAAAUUCUUUCUUAUUUUAUUUGUAAUUGUUAAAGGUGGCAACCUACAUCUUCAUAGCUUUCUCUUCCCUGCCAUACAGGGGUCAUACAGCAAACUUAUCUUAUGAAUACAAUAAUUGAAUGCCAUUCUUAUAAAUA